AAAUACAACAAACAUGCAUAGGACGUCGAGAAACUACGAGACGGUGUGGAUCGAGUGACAGUGUGAUACUCGCAGUAUGUAAUUGUCAUAAAAUGAAACGGUAUGUUUCAUCUGAUGCAAUUCCUUAGCGGACUUUUAUUGCUUGUCGUUUCAAUACCGCUGAGCAAUGGCGUGGAUAACCCGCAAGAAAUUGACUGCAGUAACCUACGAAUGGGACAAUACAUCUGCCCUCAUCCCGAUUAUGAUUUCAUAGAUCUGAAAACGCAGCAACCUAAAGGUUGUACUAAAGAAAAUAAAGCCAAAGUGUUAUGUCUGGCUGCGGAUGGCCUCAUUUGUACAGAAACAAAAAAUAAUACAUUCAAGAAGGAUAUUCCUUGUAAAUGGACUUUUUGUAUUACUUACAGAAAUGGAUAUUCCUUUGAAACAUCAUUGUUACUCUCGAUAUUUCUUGGCAUGUUUGGAGCAGAUAGGUUUUACCUAGGGUACCCAGCAUUGGGUUUCCUCAAGCUGAGUACUCUAGGAUUUCUUUUCCUUGGCCAAUUUGCUGAUGUAAUACUUAUAGCGACGCAGAUCGUAGGACCUGCAGAUGGUUCGCAUUAUGUAAUGCCAUAUUACGGUGCAGGGAUUCAUAUCGUAACCAGUAAUAAUUUCACAUACCGAGUGCCACAAUACGAUUGCUGAAGAAUUGUCAGGGUGACAGUGAUCGUCCUAAAAAUUGUACAGCCACUGUUUUUGAUUACGAGCAACGAUAUGCAAUCCUAGAAUCGAGUCCUAUUUCAGCAUCUGGAAGACACGGAUUACUGGUUUUUUAAUAAAACAAAGAUCAUCUUGUAGAUAUGUACUUCAACGAAACACUGUAUAUAAAGAUUUGUUACUGACUUAUUAUCUAUUGCCAGUAUAGUCAUGUAAUAAAUAUUUGUUUUUA